AUGGAUCAAAUAAACGGUACAACUUUGUAUUUAAUAGACUCAAUCUUAAAUACAACCAUGUGGCCAAUGGAUGAUUACAACUGUGGCAAUUCUACUCAAUUUGAUAUACUCGACGAUAUUGGAAUACAAGUGGUGUUUUUUAUCUUAUAUACAACGAUAUUUGUUCUGGGAUUAUUCGGGAACAUUUUAGUGGUUUUUGUUGUUCUUCGAAGUAAAUCAAUGCAAACUGUUACGAAUUUGUUUAUCGCAAAUUUAGCUUUGUCCGAUAUAUUGCUAUGUGCUUUGGCAGUACCAUUUACGCCGUUAUAUACAUUUUUAGGAAAAUGGGUGUUUGGACGAAUUAUUUGUCAUCUAGUUCCGUAUGCACAAGGGACAAGUGUUUAUAUAUCAACAUUAACGUUAACAUCGAUUGCAAUUGAUCGAUUUUUUGUAAUAAUUUAUCCAUUUCAUCCUCGCAUGAAGUUGUCAACAUGUAUCGCAAUUAUUGUGGGAAUUUGGAUAAUAUCUUUCGUUGCUACAAUACCAUAUGGAUUGUAUAUGAACUAUAAAGGUAAAGAUAAUAUUUUCUAUUGUGAAGAAAUCUGGCCAUCAGAACGUUUUCGAAAAGUAUUUGGUACAUCUACCGCCAUUGUACAAUUUUGGAUUCCAUUUAUUGUAAUUGCCAUAUGCUAUAUAUGUGUAUCAUUACGAUUAAACGAUCGUGCAAAAGCAAAACCAGGUUCGAAAAAUUCCAAAAAAGAGGAAGCUGAUCGGGAACGUAAGAAACGUACAAAUCGUAUGUUAAUCGCAAUGGUUGCUAUCUUUGGAAUUUCAUGGUCUCCAAUUAAUUUAAUCAAUAUUGUCAAUGAUUUUUAUGUAUGUAUUGGAUUUUGGAAAUAUUAUCAUUUAUGUUUCUUUUUGGUUCAUUGUUUGGCGAUGUCAUCUACUUGUUACAAUCCAUUUUUGUAUGCAUGGUUAAAUGAAAAUUUCCGUAAAGAAUUCAAACAAGUAUUGCCAUGUGUUGAUCGUACAAAUGGUGGACGUAAUAUACCACAAAGUAAUCGGUUAGGUAAUUGGCGUUCAGAAAGAACGUGUAAUGGUAAUAAUGAAACAUUACAAGAGACAUUGUUAGCAUCUGGUGUGCAUCGUGCUGCAUCCGUGCGUGGUGUAUCACAUCCUGUAAAUUCAUCGGACUCUGAUUUAAUAAACACACGUAAUCAUCCACAUAAAGCUGAUAGUGUUGAAGUUGAAAAUAUUAUGGUGCCUACAUCUAUUGUAACAACAGCUAGCUAUCAAGCACAAAAUGAAGCUGUACGAUUACAUCUCAUCUCUGAAGAGGCACCAGUUGAAUCAUUGCUGGUGGUUGCUGAUAAAAAUGAGCCAUAA